GAAAAAAAAUAUCAGAUCAACACAACACAAGAAGAAAAAUUCAGAUCAAAACAACACAAGAAUGAAAUCAGAACAUAGAGAGAAUCUAUAAAAAAUUCUAGGGCAUUAUUUGUCAGAGGUAUAGCCUUCACUUCUUGCCGUCUCGACGUCUCGCCCUCUGUUGCUAUUGGUCCCGCGAUGCAUUGAGAGAGGAAAGUCCCCACCAUUUGCGAGCGCUCAACGUCUCGCCGUCUCCCUCACCCAGCGCCGCCGGAAAGCCCUCGCGACUCAAUGGCGGUGUGUGCGGAGCUGAACCAGCUGCAGCACAUCGAGCCCUCCCGCUUCAUCUCCUUCUCCUUCCCCAACCCUUUCCUCCACGACGCCUCCAACCCUUACAGCGACGCCGACGACCACGCGGAGUUCCUCCGGGUGGCCGUUGUCGACUCCCCUGCCCCCGCGGCGCCAUCCCCGCCCGCCGCGCGGACGGCGGCGAUGCUCGUCCCGGCCGGCCGGCACCGCGACUGGAUCUUCUCCACCCGCGCCGGGCAGCUCCACCUCCUCCUCUCCUCCCGAUCCCAGUGCACAAUCUCUCGUCUUAUACUCGUCGGCCCAGAGAUCGCCACUCCCUCCCCUCGGGUCGUUUGCUGCGCCGCCGCUCGCCCGGACCCGGAUCCUGCUCGCGCGCGGCUCCUCCCGCUCCUCCUGGCCCUCUGCCCCAGGGCUGCGUUUGGCAACGGUGCCAUCCCUGACGUCCCGCUGCUCUCCUUCCACGAUGACCUCCUUCGGCUUGUUCCUGUCCAGGUUGUCGCCGGUCCUGUCGUCGGCGAGAUGCUUGUCGAGGAUGUGGCCGUGGACUGCGCUCCUGGCCCGGCCGAGUUGCGCCGGAGGCUGCGUUUCAAGCGCAUGCCGUGCCUUAUACAGACCCAGGUGCGCCUGGCCCGGCCAAUGUCUGCUGCUGCUUCUGCUGCUUCUUCGUUGUUGGAGGCAUUGGAGGAGGGGCCUGCUAGUUCGUUACAGCCCGAGGUGGGUGGACCAUUAGUCCAGCCUUACCUCCAGGCCAUGGUUGCCGGCCUUGCACUCAUCGAUUCAUCGGUGGAGGAGAAUGCUCGGUCAGGUGCAAGGCCGAGGUGCCUUUGCGCUGGCGUUGGUGGAGGAGCUCUUCCAAUGUCCAUCAGGGUGGGACUUGGCUUCGAUGUACUGGGCGUUGAGGCUGAUUGUGUUGUCCUAGACGUCGCAAGGAACUAUUUUGGACUUGUGGAGGAUGAGUUCCUUCAUGUACGUGUUGGCGAUGCUAUUCAAACGAUUCAGGAUUUUGCACAUGGAGAUGAGCCUGAUUCGAAAUUCAGUGCAAUUAUGGUGGAUCUUGACUCCCCUGAAGCUAUUUGUGGUGUCAGUGCGCCGCCAUUGGAGAUGACCCAUAGAAGCACCCUUCUUGCUGCACACAGAAUUCUACAUCAUCAUGGAGUGCUGGUACUGAAUGUAAUCCCUCCUGCUGCUGAUGCAUCCUUCUACAAAGGGCUGAUUGAUGUUCUUCACCAGGUUUUCUCUGAGUUAUAUGAAAUAGAUGUUGGUAAUGGUGAAAAUUUUGUUCUUGUUGCCAGAGUGUCACCAACUGGAAGCACCCUUCUUGAUAGUUCAAGGCUCUUUCGGACGGAAUUGAGGAAAUUAACUGGGGAUUUUUUGGAACGUAUAAGAAAAGUUGAAAUUCCAAGUUAGUAUUGCUGUUUGAAGUCAUGACCUAUAGAUAGGCUGUUCCAGACUUAUAUUUGGGUCUGAUAUAUAGUGCUAAGGUCAUGGCUAUAUUAGAAUUUUGACAGUACUAUUCUGAUACCCAAUCAAGAAAGCCUGUUUUUUGCAUUACUACAGAACUGCUGGGUUUGCUUUUGUUAUUUUGCUGCUAGUGCAAACUGAGCAUUUGCUGCUGUACUUUAGAUCAUAUCUGAGUGAGCAAUACCUGAACUUCAUAUUGUCUUCCGAGGAUGAAUACUUUAGGAGGAGCGACGAUUUUUUGAAAAUCAAUGAUGGAAAGUGCCGGGGUAAAGAACUCUGGCAAGUUCGCUUCAAUCCAGGAGCUGUGGAAUACCAAUUUUUUUUGGAAGUUCACUACCAGUUAAUGGUUAAUUCCACAUGUUGACAAGCUUAGGCAGCGAUUCAGGGUGCAACCAGAUCAACUAAGUUACAUGAGAUGCUCUUUAUCCUUCAUCAACUGAUAGGUGCAUAUGUUCAUGAAGAUUGUGCUGUCCUGCUAACCAUUGUACGACAGUAAAGUGUUCGUCAUGACACUAGUAGAUAUAAUUCGAAAUUUAUUUAUGUGCCAGAAUUCUAUUUUUAGCCAUUUGACACUUCGUUUUUCUUUACGUUCCGACGAGCAGUAAUUUUGUUUUACUCUCAAGAAGAAUUAUGGUGUAGGGAUUUAGCUCAAAGCAGAAUACAUC